AUUCGGGCAGCAGUGCUCCGGGUGGCGGGCGGGAGAGCUGCCAGGCUGACAGAGAGGCCGGCCCGAGUGGGGGCCGCUCCGUCGCCGCCGCCACCGCCGCCGCCGCCGCUGCUGUGAUGCGGAGCCAGUGCUGCGCCGGGCGGUGGAGUCAGAUCCCCGGCGCGGGAGCACGAGCUGCAACAUCAGCACCAGCGGCGGCGGCACCUGCACCAGCUCCCAGGCCCGGCGCUGCGCUCUCCGCACAGCCGCCCCCGGGGCCGCCGCCCCGCGCUCUCUAUGGAUGUCAAGGCGGCCCCCAACGGGGUGGCCACUAUCGAGGACCGGAUCCUGCGGAUCACCGGCUACUAUGGCUAUUACCCAGGUUACUCCAGCCAGAAAAGUACCUCCAGAUCAUCAGUCACUCGAUGUAAACCAGGAGCCAACUGCCCCAGUUCACACAGUGGCAUCAGUAGACAACUGUCCCCGCUAUCUGUCACUGAAGAUUCCUCUGCUCCUAUUCUUGAACUUCAGAACCGAGGAUCCUCAGGAGUUUGUGGACACAGAGUUGAGAGACAAAACAGAUCAGCAGAUGAUGGGACACAGACUCAUUCUGAGAACAACAGCCAAGAAAACAGAAUCAAGGCUCACUGCCUGUCCUGCACGUCCAUGGUUCUGAAGGCCAUCUGGGGACUCCUGAUCAUUUUGUCAGUAUCAUCAUCUUGGGUUGGAACCACACAGAUUGUAAAAAUUACUUAUAAGAACUUCUAUUGUCCAUUUUUCAUGACUUGGUUUUCAACAAACUGGAACAUUAUGUUUUUCCCAGUCUAUUAUUCUGGUCAUCUAGCCACUGCUCAAGAAAAGCAAUCUCCAAUGAAAAAAUUCAGGGAAUGCAGUCGGAUUUUCGGUGAAGAUGGUCUGACGCUGAAGCUCUUUCUUAAAAGAACUGCUCCCUUUUCUAUUCUAUGGACUUUGACUAAUUACCUUUAUUUACUGGCUUUAAAGAAGCUGACGGCCACGGAUGUCUCUGCUCUGUUCUGUUGUAACAAAGCCUUUGUCUUCUUGCUGUCAUGGAUUGUGCUGAAAGACAGGUUCAUGGGAGUGAGGAUAGUUGCCGCAAUAAUGGCAAUUACCGGCAUCGUCAUGAUGGCGUAUGCAGAUAAUUUCCACGCCGAUUCCAUCAUAGGAGUGGCAUUUGCUGUGGGUUCAGCCUCUACGUCUGCAUUAUAUAAGGUCCUGUUUAAGAUGUUUCUCGGAAGUGCCAACUUUGGGGAAGCUGCACACUUUGUCUCCACCUUGGGUUUCUUCAAUUUGAUCUUCAUCUCCUUCACCCCAGUCAUCCUGUAUUUCACCAAGGUGGAGCACUGGUCCUCUUUUGCAGCUCUGCCAUGGGGCUGUCUCUGUGGGAUGGCAGGGCUGUGGCUAGCCUUCAACAUCCUGGUGAAUGUUGGGGUAGUACUGACAUACCCAAUCCUAAUCUCCAUUGGGACAGUGCUCAGCGUUCCUGGAAAUGCAGCUGUGGAUCUCCUAAAACAGGAGGUGAUAUUCAAUGUUGUCCGCCUGGCUGCCACCAUCAUCAUCUGCAUUGGGUUUCUGCUGAUGCUGUUGCCUGAAGAAUGGGAUGAAAUCACCCUGAAGUUCAUCAACAGCCUGAAGGAAAAGAAGAGUGAGGAGCAUGUGGAUGAUGUGACUGAUCCCAGCGUACACCUGCGAGGCAGAAGCAGAGCCAAUGGGACAGUGUCUAUACCACUGGCUUAGAGAAGGACACAUUUUGAAUGCACGUGGAUGUAUAUUCUGUGAAUAUAACAAAAUUUUCUCACUACCUGUACACUCCAACGACAGUAUUAACUCUAAAUUUGGAUAAAUCAUAUGUGAAAUAAUGCCAACAAUAAAAGUUUACAUUUAUAUGCUUGUCAAGGAAUGGUGUAAAUAAUCGUAAUAGAUUUUCUAUUAAAACACUUUGUCCUU